AUGGCUUCCACAGAAUUUGCGAUCAAAGGGAAUGAGGCGGCGACAGACGUUUCUACGAGUUCCACAGAGACGACCGCUAGCGCUAGUUCUGAACUUGCAUUGUUUGACUCUUCUCCGUCCAACGAGGAAAACGACGAGGCGUAUGCCGAUAUUCCGUUGGAUGAGCUCUUGCAGAUUGAGAACACGGUCAAUGUUGCAGCCACGACCGACGGGGUUGACGACACCGAGGAUACCCAUAUCUCUCAUAAUUCAGUACAUUCUUUAAGACAGGAACCUGGUGGGUCUUCUUCAAUAAGUCAGACUCCAACCGACCUGACAGAAGUUAAAGACACUAAAACUUACGCAAUUGUAGCAUCUACUGGACAAACCGAAAACACAAGCGAGGAUGCAAACGAAGCUUUAGACGAAGAAUACGACUCCGAGGACUCAGAGACAACGACAGAGGAAACAGAGGAAAAAUGUCGUGCGGAAGAGCUGGAUAGAGAGUAUACUGAGAUGGUUAUGGCGGGUUUCAAAUACAGAGCCGCCAUGGUCACUGAGGGCGAGCUGAAAUUUUUCAAGAUUCCAUCACUUGCGCAGUAUAGAGCCAAAAGAUUCUCUCCCUUGAGAAUCUGCUGGGUACUUCCAUCAAGCAGCGACGAUACGUAUGAUAGCGACGACGAGACAACUAGUGAGGAAUGGGACGAGAUGGACAUGGAGGAGGAGGUCGAACUGGGUCACUUUCCGGAACUUUAG